CAGGGGCAGGGCAGGGCAGGGCAUGGGGGAAAGUCAGUAGGUGCUAUGCCUGCUCUGCCUGCUAUGCCAGAUGCUCAGGUAGAAAGCGGCUGGUAUGGGAUCGACUCCUCAGUCUCUAAAAUGUCUUGGCCGUGUUCAGAACUCGUCGUCGCCCUGGUGGCCCUGGCCCUGGCCUUGUGCCUCGGCCUGUCUUCCUGCGAUACUGUGCAGCAGCUGGAGCUACAGUCGCUUCGCAGUCACAGGGAAAGGCUUCUGGGGGAGAUCGAGCGCAUCUACAUAGAGCAGCCGCUGGGCACGGAGACGCAGCUGCUGCUCGACGAUCUUCAGUUGCGGGACCAGCAGCUGCGGCUGCAAAUCGACCACCUGGAGGCGGCCCAUGGAGCUGACGGGGCAAACUCCAACUACAGCCCCUCGGAGGAGAGCAGCAGCACCCAGCGGCUGGCCAUCAAUCUGACCGCCGACUUUGAGCAUCUGCAGCACAAGCUGGACGACCUCAAGCAUCAUCUGGAGCGUCUGGACGAACGCUUUGCCGCGCAGCAAGGCAAGCAGCUGGACAGCCACCCGACUAGCAGCAGUUCACCAGCAACCCCGGCCCCCUCCGGCCUCGGCUCGUUCUUUUGGACACCGUUGCUCACAAUGCCGGAGUUUCCACAGGGCACCAUAGCCACUGACAAUGGACAGGACCAUAAGCAGCAGGGGCAGAACCAGCACCAGAACCAGCACCAACACCAGACCCAGCAGCAGGGUAGUCCCUCCAUAAUCAAGCGGGUCCUGGACAUGCUCCGACCGUCGGCCGCUGGCCUGCGUAACCGUUGGACCGAGUCGGAGAAAUCCGCCUCAGGAUCUGGAUCGGGAUCAUCCGCCGCCAAGCUUCAGGUACUGACCGCCGAGGAGCUCUUGCCGCAGCUGCAAGAGCAGCGCAAAUUUCUGGACAAUGCCAUCAGCCGACUGGAACUCCUGUCCGCGACGAAGAGCCCAAAGAAGCAUCAGGAUCGAUACGUAUAGAUAAUCGUUUGGAUUGCCCCCCCAAGCCAGCUGAUUGAUUGCCUGAAUUUUCCCGACCACAACAGACCGGAACUUGGCAACAGAAACAGACGCCCCAUGACCCCAACACCCCAGCACUCCACACACUGACUCAUCUAACCUACUCCAAUGUCAUCGCCACUGUGCUACGUCAUCAACAAUAAAAAAGAGCGGGAGAAACCAGCAAAAACACCUGUAAGCGUGUGUUCAACUCCAACUCCACUUGUUCCACUCAGAUAUGGUUGUACUUGA